GGAGGGCCAGGAGUCCCCGGAGCAGUGGCAGCGGAUGUACGGGCGCUGCUCGGGCAAUGAGGUCUACCACAUCCGGAUGGGCGACAGCAAGUUCUUCAUGGAGUACGAGGGGAAGAGCUUCACCUACGCCGCCUUCCACGCGCACAAGAAGUACGGCGUUCUCCGGCAAAGGGGGGAGAACAAGAGCAGCCUGCUGACCCCCGGCCCACGGCACAUCAUGGCAGCGUCUGACACCUGCUUCUACAUCAACAUCACCAAGGAGGAGAACUCUGCCUUCAUCUUCAAGCAGGAGGAGAAGCAGAAGAAGAAGGGCUUUGCGGGGAGAGGCACCUAUGACGGUCCAUCCCGCCUGCCUGUGCACAGCAUCAUCGCCAGCAUGGGUACAGUGGCCAUGGACCUGCAGAACACGGAGUGCCGCCCCGCUAACAGCAGCAAGCUGGCGCUGCCGGCCGAGAACGGCUCCGGCAACCGCCGGCCCAGCAUCGCGCCCGUCCCCGAGCUGUGGUUAACGAUGCUUAAUCUGCUGCCUUCUCCCCCUGUGCUGGGAACACUGUGUAUUUACAAUCUCAUGACCCUUUUCAUGGCAAAAAUCAUUCCUAAAUAUAUGUACGUGAAAGGCUACCCCCCGAACUCCCCCUACAUUGGGAGCUCCCCGACUCUGUGCCACCUUUUACCCGAGAAAGCCCCAUUCUGCUGCUUGAGGCUGGACAAGGGCUGCAAGCACAACAGCUUUGAAGAUGCCAAAGCCUACGGGUUUAAGAACAAACUGAUUAUCGUUUCGGCAGAGACGGCUGGGAACGGGCUCUAUAACUUCAUUGUCCCCCUUCGUGCGUACUAUCGGUCCCGCAAAGAGUUGAACCCAAUUGUGUUGCUGCUGGACAACAAGCCUGAGCACCACUUUCUGGAAGCCAUCUGUUGUUUCCCCAUGGUUUACUACAUGGAGGGCACGAUCGACAACCUGGACAGCUUACUGCAGUGUGGCAUCAUCUACGCCGACAACCUGGUGGUUGUGGACAAGGAGAGCACGAUGAGCGCUGAGGAGGACUACAUGGCAGACGCAAAGACCAUUGUCAAUGUCCAGACCAUGUUCAGGCUCUUCCCCAGCCUCAGCAUUAUCACGGAGCUGACCCACCCCUCCAACAUGAGGUUCAUGCAGUUCAGAGCAAAGGACAGUUACUCUCUUGCCCUUUCCAAGCUAGAAAAGAAAGAGCGAGAGAAUGGCUCCAACCUGGCCUUCAUGUUCCGGCUGCCCUUCGCGGCCGGGAGGGUCUUCAGCAUCAGCAUGCUGGACACGCUGCUCUACCAGUCGUUCGUGAAGGACUACAUGAUCACCAUCACUCGGCUGCUGCUGGGCCUCGACACCACGCCGGGUUCUGGCUACCUCUGUGCGAUGAAGAUCACUGAAGAUGACCUGUGGAUCCGGACGUAUGGCCGCCUCUUCCAGAAGCUCUGCUCCUCCAGUGCUGAGAUUCCCAUCGGGAUUUACAGGACGGAGUCACACAUGUUUGCAACCUCUGAGCCCCAUGACAUCAGAACGCAGUCACAGAUCUCAAUCAAUGUGGAGGACUGCGAGGACACAAAAGAUGUCAAAGAGCACUGGGGCAUCAAGACCAGCCACCACAGGAACUCCUGCUCCAGCGACCAGUCGGAGCACCCGCUGCUGCGGCGCAAGAGCAUGCAGUGGGCACGCCGGCUGAGCAGGAAGGGCAACAAGCACUCCAGCAAGACGGCCGAGUGGAUCAGCCAGCAGCGCCUCAGCCUGUACCGGCGCUCCGAGCGCCAGGAGCUCUCCGAGCUUGUCAAAAACCGAAUGAAGCACCUGGGCUUGCCCACAACCGGGUACGAGGAUGUAGCAAAUUUAACAGCCAGUGAUGUGAUGAAUCGGGUAAACCUGGGAUAUUUGCAAGACGAGAUGAACGACCACCAGAACACGUUGUCCUACGUCCUGAUCAAUCCCCCUCCGGACACGCGGCUGGAGCUCAACGACAUCGUGUACCUGAUCCGCUCCGACCCGCUGGCCCACGUGGCCAAUGACGGCCACAGACGCAAGAGCAAUUACAGCCGACGAUUUUCCAGUCCCCACUUUGCUUUCAAGGGCGUGUGGAACAAAUAUUAA